UUAUGAGUAGAGAUAACUCUCCUAUAAAUAAUAGUGGUUCGUCAUCUGAGACGAGUGAGACUCAGAGUGUUGAAGAUAAUAAAACUUUUUCGGAUUCUAAACUCACAAGAAAUCUAGCUUCGCCAAACAGGAUUUUUAAAAGCCAAAAACGUAUGAAAGAUUUUGGAAGCAAUCAAAGUGGGGACAAAGAUGGGGACACUAAAAGACCACCUUGGAGGGCGGUAAGUGUUUCGACCUUACCCAAACCGGAUAAGAAUGCAAUACUGAAAGCAAAACUUCUUGACGCCACGAGGCGUUUACGUGCAGGAAAGACUUCUAUCGGUUUGCAAACACUUCAAAUACCAACAAAGUUAUUGAGAGAUGUUAAUUUAGGCACGCAAAAAGAUUUGUUGCUUUUUAAGGAUAUGGAAAUUCAAACAGAUGGGUUCUAUACUAAGAAAAGAAACAACGAAGAGGCUUUUGUUCUAUCAUAUUCCGUUGCACAAACGACUGACUAUGUAAAAGUUUCAAAUGCAGCUACUCAAACCCUACUUCCAAGGAUUCCUGGAGAUAUCUUUUUAAACACCUAUUUGGCAAAUUACGAAAAUACAAAAUAUUUAAAGAACAUGAACGAUAUUAAAAAAAAAUUAGUUAGUAAAGAUUGUGUGGAAAGAAAUAAGAAGUUGCCUGUUGAAGCUGAUGGCUCUUUUGAUUCAGGCCUGAAGGAAAGCGUUUCUAAUACUGAAACCAAUAUGGAGGAAUUACGAAAAACCAACUUCUUGCCUAAACUUAAACAACCAACUUUUUUAUCAUGGAAUUUUGGAUAUGGGGAUUUGACUGAUGAGAUCAAUUCGAGAAAAUGUGUACCGUAUAAUAUUCAGGCAAAUCAUUCACAGCGGAGUUUUACUAGUGUUUAUCAUGGUAAGAACAGUUAUUAUAUUGACUAUGAUUGGGAAGUGUUUUUGUUUUCUAUUGACGAACUUUUACAAGAAAUUAAUAGAUUGAUAAACGUGAUUGAGGAUAAUAUAUCUGUUAAACAAUAUUACAAUAAAAGCAUAGUAAAAUCGGACCAUUUUAAACAUCAACAGUUAGUUAUGCCCUCUGAAGAAUGGCUACCACUCAUUAAUAAAGAAGAGAACCAUUUGGAAGAAAUGAUGAAGGAAAUUAAGAGGAAAACAAUCAAAUGCAAAUAUUUUAAUAAACACGAUUCUGUUAAUUAGUAAUAUGUUACUAGAAUUUUCUAACUAAGCACAUAAACAUGGAAAUUAAUUAAUAAAUUACUUCGACAUUUCAAAAAUCCUUAUUAUUUUCUCCACAGAAAUUAAAUAUUAAAAAUUUGACCUCAUUAUAUUUAAUCUGGCUUUCGGCAUAUUUUAUAAAAACUUUAAACAAUAUGGUAUAAAGGUUG